AUGGAUCCUUAUGCUGUGGCUGUUCUACUCCAACAUGAUCUGGUUGUGGUAGAUUUGCUCUCCCCAAAUUUGGCCAUCUUCGAGAACCCCUAUCCCAUGGAUUUACACUCCUCACCGGUCACCGCCUGUCUUUAUUUAGUCGACUGUCCAGGUGAUCUUGUUCCUGCCUUCUUCUCCGUCGGAAGUCGAAGUCAACGAUCCCGUGCCGGUCCGAACACGUCGGCAAGUAAUUCCUCCAACGAAUCGGAAACAUUCAGUUCACGCGAAUGGCCCAUUACCGGUGGAGAAUGGGGUCUGAGCUACAAUCCUUAUCCAGAACUGGUCCUAACCGGGUAA